UAGCCUAGCUUAAAAUGAAUUACUAAGUGCCCAAAAUGAAUUAGUGUGCAUCGUUACAAAGGAGGAGGCAGACGAGAUGUUCUGCAAUACAAGUUUCUAUUAUUGCGCAGUUGAACCCCCAACUUAGAGAAAAGCUCCACCGUUCCCACAGAUUGAACUAGGGCGACUUCAAUUAUGGCGUUGUCAAUAAGGCGUGUUGGUAGAGCACUUCACUCUCAUUACAGAACCCUAGCCCUUUCUCCAUCUCCGCACAAUGGAAAUUUUGGGUGUCACGGACGUACAUUUUCUUCAAGAUCAGUACCUUCAACUACUAUUCCUGCCAUUUUAGCUGGACUGCUAGGAGUUGGAGUCCUGGAUGUAGCUUAUGCAGAUUCUGAUGAGGUUGGUCCCAAAGUUCCACCUUCUGAUUCUCCUCCAAUUCCAAGCCACAAUCCCCUUGAAGAAACAGCAAAAGCAGAGAGACACAGAUUAGAAAACCUGCUCAAGAGCAAAGGAGUGAAGUAUGGUUCUUAUCCUCAUUUUACUGUUGCCGUAAAGGGUCAAAAGGUUACUAUCAAGUUCCAAGUUCCUCCAACCUGUGAAAUUCCGCUACUAAUUGCAAGCCUUGUUUCACGACUCGGAGUUAAACUUGAAGAUCCUAGUGCAGCAUCAAAUAUGAUGUUACGCGCUUGGGACAGUGGGGUUGCCUGGCAACUGGCACUUAGCCGUCCCCAAACGAAAAAUGGAACUGCAGGGGAGCAGGCUGGUGGAAGGGAUACAAAUCCUUAUGAUGAAGAUUUAUGCAUUCUCAUAUUUCGUCCACUCAUUAGCGCCGACAAAGCUGUACAUUUCCUUUUCUGCAAUUAUGGGCAGGAAAUUGAGUUUAUGAAGCCUGGGAGCUUUACUGAUGAGGAGCUUGAUGCUUUGGUAUCUGCGCUACAAUUAGCAGGACAACAAAAAACAGUGGACUUAAGAUCAAGAGGAGAUGCAGGCCGAGUUCCUUCUGCAGAUAAAACGGUUACUACUCUAGAGUCUAUGGGAGUAAAAAUCUUUGGCAUUAAUGCGCCCACUAGUGGUAAUCCAAAAGCUAAUAUUACCUGGGAGAAUAUUGCUGGAUAUAAUCAACAGAAACGGGAUAUCGAAGAUACAAUACUGCUAGCUUUGCAAAGUCCUGAAGUAUAUGAUGAUAUUGCUCGUGGGACCCGGCGCAAAUUUGAGACAAACAGGCCCCGGGCAGUCUUAUUUGAAGGUCCACCAGAUGUUCUUCUUUCAGGAACUGGAAAGACAUCUUGUGCACGUGUUAUAGCUAAUCAAGCGGGUGUCCCAUUGUUAUAUGUGCCAUUGGAAAUUAUAAUGUCAAAGUAUUAUGGUGAAAGUGAGCGUCUGUUGGGGAAGGUGUUCUCACUUGCCAAUGAUCUCCCAAAUGGUGCUAUAGUUUUCCUCGAUGAGGUUGAUUCUUUUGCUACUGCUCGUGAUGGCGAAACACAUGAAGCAACACGCAGACUUUUAUCGGUGCUAUUACGGCAGUUGGUGCAGAUUGAUGGAUUUGAGCAGGAGAAGAAAGUAGUGGUAGUGGCUGCUACUAAUAGAAAGCAAGACCUUGAUCCUGCUUUAAUUAGCCGAUUUGAUUCCAUGAUUACAUUCCCCCUACCUGAUCAACAGACUCGUCAGGAAAUAGCAGCACAGUAUGCAAAGCAUUUGACAGAUUCUGAAUUAUCUGAAUUUGCAAGAGCCACGGAAGGAUUGUCUGGGCGGGACAUGAGGGAUGUCUGUCAGCAAGCGGAACGACGUUGGGCAUCAAAGAUCAUUCGUGCUCAAGCUCCUAAAGAUGAAGGUACUGGUGGUUUGCUCCCCCCUCUCCAAGAUUACAUUGACAGUGCUAGGAACAGGCAAAGAGCUCUGCUUGAUAUUGAUAUUCAGAACAGAAGCAUGAAUCCCGCUUCAAAGAAGCCUCAGUUUGAUUUUGUAUAAUAUUAUCUUCGGAUUCUUGUUUCGGGAAGCCAGAACUGCAGCAGAAAACAUUCACAAAAGUUGGAUGUGUAGCACAAAGACCAUAUGAAGAUGGAUGUAGUCAAAUCCCAAAAACAGUUCUGAUCCAAAAAUUCAUCGCUAGAAGUACGCGUAGUGUGUAAGGACAUGUUCAUACUUCAUUGACAGUCCUUAUGCUGCAGUUUUUACAUGGAGAUCAUUGGAAUUGGAAACAUAUAACGACAAAAUUGUCAUCUUGGUAGUGGAAUGUGUAAAUAGUGACUUUUGCAGUUUGAAGCUUGUUCGAUCUAUCCCUCUUUUCGAGGUCCUCA